UGCCUUUACGUUUCCUCUUCUUUCCAGUGGCAAGAAAGGGAGGGAUAUCAUCGUCUGUUUUGUCGCUCGUAGAAGUUUGAACCAUACAUUUUUGUUUCUGUUUUUUUUAAUGCGUAAUAGAAUCAGCAUGGAAGGAAAAGGAAGAGCAUCCACAGAUUAUAAUUAGAGCUGUAGUCUGUGUCUGUAUGAGCUGCUGGCGGCCCUGCCAUCCCAGCUGCAGCCUCAUGUCAACUGCUCUGAGGACAACACCUUCCUUCAGGAUAUGUUUGGAGAGAGAAGUCUCCACUCACUUGUUAAGAUCCACGAACGGCUGCAGCACUAUGAAGAGAGCAAGCCCGCCCCUGUCCUGGAAGGAGCUGCACCUCUGGCACGUGACGUGUCUGAUGAGCUGGAAGGCAAAUCAGCCAGUCAGGAUGUCAAAGAGCUUCUUAAACUGCUGGCAAACCCACAUGUAAAGAGCCUCCUGUCCGUCCACGACGCAGUUGCCCAAAAGAAGUAUGACCCCGAACUACCUCCGCUGCCUGAAGACAUCGAUGACGAUGAAGAUUCUGUGAAAAUUAUAAGAUUGGUCAAGAACAAGGAGCCACUGGGAGCAACAAUAAGACGUGAUGAGAGCACAGGUGCCAUCAUUGUGGCCCGGAUCAUGAAGGGAGGGCCAGCUGACAGAAGUGGUUUAAUUCAUGUAGGGGAUGAACUGAAGGAGGUCAAUGGAAUCCCUGUGGACGACAAGAAACCAGAGGAAAUCAUUCGUAUUCUGGCACAGUCACAAGGAGCCAUUACCUUUAAAGUUGUCCCUGGUGCAAAGGACGAGGCAUCUAUCAAGGAGCCACAGAUGUUUGUGAAGGCGCUCUUUGACUACGACCCAAAAGAUGACAACACCAUCCCAUGUAAGGAAGCUGGUUUGGCCUUCAAGAAGGGUUGCAUCCUACAGAUCAUGAGCCAAGAUGAUGCAACCUGGUGGCAGGCCAAACACGAGGGCGACACAAAUCCUCGUGCUGGCUUAAUACCAUCCAAACAGUUCCAGGAGAGGAGACUUGCAUUUCAGCAACCUGUUACGACUCUUUCGUCCCUAAGGAGGUCUACUAGACGAUCAUUGACUGCACCACAGACAUGUACCGCAGAUUGUGUAUCACUAGAUGAUGUGACAGUAGAGUUUGCUGAAGAGAUUGAAGAGGAUGCUGAUUAUAGUGGUGGAUUUCACCUAGCUGGGUUCAGGAGAAGCUUUCGCCUCAGCAGGAGAGACAGAAAGACCACCAAGUCCAUGUACGAGGCGAAGAAGAGUGAAAUGUACGACAUGGCUGACGUGCCCACAUACGAGGAAGUCGUCCCGUACCGCAGGCAAAGGGGAGACAAACACAGGCUGGUGGUGCUAGUAGGACCCACAGGUGUCGGCUUGAGUGAACUGAAGAAGAAACUGUUGAUCUCUGACCCCCAGCACUUCAGUGUGACCAUUCCACACACCAGUCGACCCAAGAAGAACCAGGAGACCGAUGGUGUGGAUUACCACUUCAUCUCCAAGCAGCUCUUUGAGACGGACAUCCAAAACAACAAGUUCAUUGAGCAUGGCGAGUACAAAGGGAAUUUCUACGGCACAAGUCUGGACUCGAUACGUUCAAUCCUCUCAAAGAAGAAAGUGUGCCUGCUGGAUGUCCAGCCUCAUCUAAUAAAGCAUCUUCGAACAGCAGAGUAACCUUUCGUUGUGUUCGUGAAGCCCCCGACCGUCGACAGACUGAGAGAGACCAGAAAGAAAACCCAAAUUAUAUCAGGCAAAGACGACAAGGACUCCACCAAACCCUUCACGGAGGAAGACUUUCAGGAGAUGGUGAACACGGCCAGACAAUGGAGACUCAGUACAGCCAUCUCUUUGAGAUGGUUAUAG